GCCGCCGGGCCCGGUCACGUGGCGGCUGCGAGUGUCUCCACAGCCUCCAGGCCGCCAUCUUGGCUGGAAAGUUUGGAAUUUCCAGCGGGGCGAGGCGGCGGUGGGAGGGAGCGCGCGCGAGAGCAGCCCCCGCCGCGCCGCGCCGCCCUGAGGGAGUCUCGGGCCCGCUUCGCCCCGCGGGGCCUCCCAGCGGGUAGCCGCCGCCGCAGCUCCGAGCGGGCUGCCCCGUCCCGGCUGCGCUCCGGAGCCCCGGGGUCUGGUCUCGUCCCGCCCGCCCGCGAGUGCGGGGAAAGGCUCCGGCGGGACCGGGCGGCUCCGGCGGCCGGUCCUUGCCCCGCGCCAAGUCGGGGAGGGCGGCGGCGGCGGCCGCGCGCGCCCUGCCCGAGCCGAGCGGCCGGGGUCCGGCCGUGCCUCGCUCCCGGGCGUCCCUUCGGCUUCGGCGGCCGGGGAGCACCAUGCCCGUCCGGAAGCAAGAUACCCAGCGAGCUCUGCGCCUCCUGGAGGAAUACCGCUCCAAAUUGAGCCAAAGUGAGGACAGACAGCUGAGAAACUCCAUAGAGCGUGUCAUUAAUAUCUUCCAGAGCAACCUUUUCCAGGCUUUGAUAGAUAUUCAAGAAUUUUAUGAAGUGACCUUACUGGACAAUCCAAAAUGUAUUGAUCACUCUAAGCUAUCUGAACCAGUACAACCUGUGAAUACCUGGGAUUUCUCCAGCCUUCCAAGCACAACAGUGACAUCAGAAACACUGCCAACCAGCGUUAGCCCAAGUAUAGAGAAAUAUCGGUGUCAGGAUGAAGAUACACCUUCACAGGAGCAUAGCUCUUCACACGUUACCAGUGAGGUGACUGGUCCAGAGUUGGUUCAUGUAUCAGAGAAGAACCUAUCACAGAUUGAAAAUAUACAUGGAUUUGUUUCCCACUGUCACAUUUCACCAGUAAAGCCAACAGAAGCUGUUCCUCCCUCUUCUCCCAUUCUCCCUGUGAUCUCUGUCCCGCCAGUCCCUGCUGAGACCACUGUCAUCCCAUCCUCUACAUCACAGGCAAAUCCUCCUCCUGUACUGGUGAAUACAGAUGCUUUGGAGACUCCAGCAUACGAGGAAGCUGCGUUGAAGACGAUGAAAGGAGCAUGUCUGAACAUGCAGGAUCUUCAGGUUAAUGGCACGGAUGCAGAUUAUGAAUAUGAAGAAAUUACACUUGAAAGGGGAAAUUCAGGGCUUGGCUUUAGCAUUGCAGGUGGUACGGACAACCCACACAUUGGGGAUGACUCAAGUAUUUUCAUUACAAAAAUCAUAGCAGGGGGUGCAGCUGCUCAGGAUGGAAGAUUACGGGUUAACGAUUGCAUAUUACGAGUAAAUGAAGUGGAUGUUCGUGAUGUGACACACAGCAAAGCAGUUGAAGCAUUAAAGGAGGCAGGAUCCAUUGUGCGGUUGUAUGUCAAAAGAAGAAAACCAGUCACAGAAAAAAUAAUGGAGAUAAAACUUGUGAAAGGGCCGAAAGCAGGACUCGGGUUCAGCAUAGCUGGUGGUGUUGGAAAUCAGCAUAUUCCUGGUGACAACAGUAUCUAUGUAACCAAAAUUAUUGAAGGAGGUGCAGCACAUAAAGAUGGCAAACUUCAGAUUGGAGACAAACUUCUAGCUGUGAACAGUGUUUGCUUAGAAGAAGUUACACAUGAAGAAGCAGUGACUGCCUUAAAAAACACAUCUGAUUUUGUUUAUCUGAAAGUUGCAAAACCCACCAGCAUGUUCAUGAAUGAUAGUUAUGCCCCUCCAGACAUCACAAACUCUUAUUCUCAGCCAGUGGAUAACCAUAUCAGUCCAGCUGCUUACUUGGGACAGUCUUUGCCACCAUCAUCACCAGGAAGAUAUUCCCCAAUUCCCAAGGGAAUGGUUGGAGAUGAGGAAAUUACCAGAGAACCUAGAAAAGUUGUACUACAUCGUGGAUCAACAGGACUUGGUUUCAACAUUGUGGGAGGGGAAGAUGGAGAAGGAAUUUUCAUCUCUUUCAUUCUCGCAGGAGGGCCUGCUGAUCUGAGUGGCGAGCUCAGGAAAGGAGAUCGUAUAAUUUCGGUAAAUGGUGUAGACCUUAAAGCUGCAACCCAUGAACAAGCAGCAGCAGCCUUGAAGAAUGCAGGCCAAGCCGUAACCAUUGUUGCACAAUACCGUCCAGAAGAAUACAGUCGUUUUGAAGCUAAAAUACAUGACUUACGGGAGCAGAUGAUGAACAGUAGCAUUAGCUCAGGAUCAGGAUCUCUGCGGACCAGCCAGAAGAGGUCCCUAUAUGUCAGAGCUCUCUUUGACUACGACAAGACUAAAGACAGUGGCCUUCCCAGUCAGGGACUGAACUUCAGAUUUGGCGACAUCCUCCAUGUCAUCAAUGCCUCUGAUGAUGAGUGGUGGCAGGCACGGCAGGUGACACCAGAUGGAGAAAGUGAUGAAACUGGAGUGAUUCCGAGCAAACGGAGGGUUGAGAAGAAAGAGCGAGCCCGCUUAAAGACAGUGAAAUUUAAUUCCAAAAUGAGAGGAGAUAAAGGGCAGUCAUUCAAUGACAAGCGUAAAAAGAACCUCUUUUCCCGAAAAUUUCCCUUCUACAAGAACAAGGACCAGAGUGAGCAAGAAACCAGUGAUAUUGACCAACAUGUAACUUCUAAUGCCAGCGAUAGUGAAAGUAGUUACCGUGGACAAGAAGAAUACGUCUUGUCUUACGAACCAGUCAGCCAACAGGAAGUCAAUUACACUCGGCCAGUGAUUGUUUUGGGACCCAUGAAAGACAGAAUAAAUGAUGAUUUAAUCUCAGAAUUUCCAGACAAAUUUGGAUCAUGCGUUCCACAUACUACCAGACCAAAACGAGAUUAUGAGGUGGAUGGACGGGAUUACCACUUUGUCACCUCUCGAGAGCAAAUGGAGAAGGAUAUUCAGGAUCACAAAUUCAUUGAGGCUGGCCAGUACAACAAUCACCUUUAUGGAACAAGUGUCCAGUCAGUGCGGGAAGUAGCAGAAAAGGGGAAACACUGCAUUCUUGAUGUCUCUGGCAAUGCAAUCAAGAGGUUGCAGAUAGCCCAGCUGUACCCAAUCUCCAUUUUUAUUAAACCCAAAUCAGUGGAAAACAUCAUGGAAAUGAACAAACGUUUAACAGAGGAGCAAGCCAGGAAGACCUUUGAGAGAGCCAUGAAACUGGAGCAAGAAUUUACUGAACAUUUCACAGCUAUUGUCCAAGGAGACACACUGGAAGAGAUAUACAACCAGGUGAAGCAGAUCAUAGAAGAACAGUCUGGGCCUUACAUCUGGGUACCAGCAAAGGAAAAAUUAUGAAAAUUGAGAGAUUUUUGGUUUUCAUUUUCUAACCGACAUCACCUACUCAUUGACAACUUGUAACCCUUUUCAGUUGAGCCUGCCUCUAGCUCUUUCCAGUGUGGGUCACACACUAAACAUCACAUUCUGCAGUUCCCAUAUUUUUUUUACAUUUGGUGUCUCUUUUAGUUUGAAUAAUUUGUGUUAUUGUGCGGUAGCGUUCAUUUGACAUUUUUCAAACAUGAAGGUCAAAUGGCCUGACCAGCUAUUAAGAUGGGGUGGGGAAUUGUAUGGUAAAAUCCUUAAUGUUUAAGGGAAAGUAAGUUUCAGAGAUUUUCAGAAAAGAUUUACAUACAUUCUUUUAAAAUUUCAUCACAUAUGAAAGAAAAGGCAUUUUACCCAAUGAUGUAAAUCGUGAGCAACUUUGCACGCUUUAAUUAUAAUAGCAUGGGUUGGUCAAGGCAUUUAAUUUCAAGUUUUAGUUUGUGGUUGACUUUCUGUUGUCACAGCAAAUAUUUUUCUUUAUAGGCAGUUAAUGUAACUUUUGUUUAAUUUACAAAUUAAUGUAUUCAUUAACUUCCAUUAAUUCGCAAGGGAUAUUCAUUUUCAAAAUUUCAUAAUGAUAUUCUUAUAGUCUAUUUUUAUUCAUUUUUUGCAUAUACAGUUGCUAAGGAUAAAGAUAUUUAAUGUUUUUAAUCUUACUCAUGCAACACUAUUUACAGUAUCUUACAAAAGUUCACUCUUUUCUGAGUCGAAAACAUGUUUAGGUGCUAGGGAAGCUUAUAUUUUACAAAUGAAUAGCAAAUUUUCUUUGGCAACAAAACAGAAAACACUUGCAGUGAUGGAUGAUCAUUAAGGCGAUAAGAAAAGAAUCAGAUUUGUAGUUUAAAAUAGUGUCUCUCCUUAGGGGUGUCAGAUUUAAAUGAAUAUUUUACUCACAAUAAUUGCCUAUUUUGUUAUAAAACUUUCUUUAACUAUAAACUUGUACCUAUGGGAAUUAUUUUCUUUACAUAGUUGCACACACAUAUAUAUAAAAUAUAUAUAUUUUUCUUUUCCCACCUACUCCUAGCUUUUUUUGUUUGUUUGUUUUGAGAAUAAAUAUAAAUUAGAAUUUAUCUUCCUUAAUCAUGUGAAAUGAAAUGGGGUAUGGUGGCUGGGUAAAACAUCUGUGGGAUAUUAGCUACAAGAAAAAAAUAUGGGCAAGUUCUCCUCUUUUCUACAAACAAUUUCAGAUGUUUGGUUUUGGGAUUUUUUUCUUUUCCAUGUGAUGUGCAUGUUUUAACCAAUGGGAGAUUUCAGAGUUAACAGUCAGUUUUCAUGUACAUCUCAGAUUGCAUCUGUGUCAUAUCUUCCAUGGUGGCCCUGCACUGGAGAGACACAGGCCUCUGAGCUGAGCAAUUAUAAAUAUAUUUCUGCAAAAUAUAGAACUAGCAUCAGUAGUGAAAAAUACUCCAGUUCUUAAUAACAUUGUUUGGUACUUGCUCAUGGUUCUUUUGGAGUCAAUUGUUUAUUAAAAAAAGAUGUGCUCCUGACAGCCUCAUUGCAGUUUCUCAACCAAAUUACCUAUGGUUUAAAAAAAACUAUCAAUAUUAUUCAUUCCAUUUGUCAGAAAGAGGAGAACAGCUAAUAAAGUUUAUUGUACAACA